GCACGGCGUCCUCGCGCACGUCAGCGCGCCGGAUGUUGAUUAGUCUGGAGGAAGAGCAGGAAGAAAACAGCAGCGCGAGCUCCAGCUGAACGGAAAUAAACAAACAGUCGAUCGGAAGCGGCUGGUGUGUUUGUGUGGAUCAUGGGCCGCAUCUUCUUGGAUCACAUCGGCGGCACUCGCUUGUUCUCCUGCGCUAACUGCGACACCAUCCUGACCAACCGCUCCGAGCUGAUCUCCACGCGCUUCACCGGCGCCACCGGACGAGCCUUCCUCUUCAACAAGGUGGUGAACCUGCAGUACAGCGAGGUGCAGGACCGCGUGAUGCUGACCGGCAGACACAUGGUGCGAGACGUCAGCUGCAAGAACUGCAACAGCAAGCUGGGCUGGAUCUACGAGUUCGCCACCGAGGACAGCCAGCGCUACAAGGAGGGCCGCGUGAUCCUGGAGAGAGCGCUGGUGCGCGAGAGCGAGGGCUUCGAGGAGCACGUCCCGUCAGACGCGUCCUGAGAACCAGCGCUCGCCGUGACUCUCAGGUGUUUGUUAGGCCAAACCCUGAUUUCAGCUCUGUAGAUUCACCAAUAAACAUGCACCGCGGGUCGAGAGCUUCAGAUGCACAAACAAACAAAUGCGGCACGUAAUGACCUGACCAUCUGCUCACCAAGGGAUGGCAGUUCAGAUUAUUUGACAGAAGUGCAAAUGUUCAUGGCUUCUUUUGCCGUGUUUCACACAUUUUUCCUCUGUAAGUAUGGAGUUCUGUUUGUGCCAAAAGUGUAGACUGCUUUGUCUAUGUCUGCUGUUAUUGCUGUUGUUUUUUGUUCAUGCUUUAGAAGUUUGUGCUCUCAGUGAAUGUUCUGUACGGAUAUCCAUAUAAACAAACAGAAUUUGCUUAGUAAUGAGUUUCUCACCAUUUUCCUAAAACUCUGAAUAUUAUGACAAUAUAGAUGAUGGCUAUAGAUUGAUUAAUGCAACAAAAGAAAAUGCAUCUGGAAGUUUGAGAAAACUCUUAUUGGGAAAAUCUAAUUCUGUUUGUUUAUCUGGAUGUUUG